AUGACUAGUACCGGAGGCCCUAGUACUAGCACCAGUGGGUUGAAAUCUGGGACAGGCUCCGGAUCUACCUCUGCGAGGAGCGGAAAUGCUGAAAACAUGGACAUCGAUACCCCCUCCAGGAGAGAUCUUCUUGCUCCCUUGGCCCCUCUCUACGAAACUGCAAGGAAAUAUCGAGCGGCCACCAUGCCCACACUUGGUGGCAAACGGACCGUUGCUGCUGAAAUGAAGGGUCUUCAGGAGGACCUUGAAUAUACUACCAAGUUCAAUCAGAAGUACCUUGAAAUGAUCGUGAAGUUAAGGAGAGAAAAUAUCGAACUGGAAGUCGACCUCGCACUCUGUAAGGAGGACUUGGAUGCUUGCAGGAAGGAAAUUAGAACCCUCAAGGCUCAGACUGAUUGGAUGGAGGGCUUGUUCAAGAAGCCGUGA